ACUUGGUUGAUAUUUAACUAUACCAUAUGGUUCUUUGUAAUAGUAAAUAACAUUUUUCACAAUGUACAUUCUUCAUGAUCUUGCAAAUAUCCCCUCUUUCACUAUGACAACAAUAGUACUAAUAUUCAUUUUCCAUAUGUUACAUGUAUUGCCCUUUUGUUCCUGUGCUGCUGCUACAUUUGUGUUUGGAGAUUCUCUUGUUGAUGUUGGCAAUAACAACUUCUUGUUUACCCUCUCGAAAGCUGAUUCUCCGCCAUAUGGUAUCGAUUUUAAACCUUCCCAUGGACACCCUACCGGAAGAUUCACCAACGGUCGCACCAUUUCUGAUAUUGUUGGUGAAGCUCUUGGUAGUAACUCAUUUCCUCCACCAUAUUUAGCACCUAAUGUUGAAUCAAAUGCAACACAUAUUGGAAUUAAUUAUGCCUCAGGUGCUUCAGGAAUUUUGGAUGCAACCGGAACACUUUUCAUAGGGAGAGUUCCAUUGAGUAAACAAAUCAACAAUUUUGAGGAAAGCAGAAGAUACAUCGUGAAUGCAAUGGGAGAAGAAAAUGCAAAGAGAUUCUUAAAGAAAGCUAUAUUUUCUGUAACAAUUGGAUCUAAUGAUGUUAUAAACUAUUUCCAACCAUCUAUUCCUUUUCUGAGUAAAAAUAUUUCUCCAACCAUAUUUCAAGACUAUCUAGUUUCUAACUUGACUAUGAACCUUCAGCGACUGCAUAAAUUAGGGGCGCGAAAAAUUGUAGUAGUUGGAGUAGGACCUCUUGGAUGCAUUCCAUUUAUUCGCGCCAUCGGAUUAAUAUCAAGGGGUAAAUGUUCUGUUGAGGUGAACACAUUAAUCAGAAAGUAUAAUAAGAAACUCAAGAUGGACAUAGAUCGAUUGAACAAAGAAAUGAGACCAAAAGCCAUCUUCAUAUAUGCAAAUUCCUAUGAUGUUUUCAGAGAGAUCAUACUAAAUCAUGAACAGUAUGGUUUUGAGAAUUCUGACAAGCCAUGCUGUGGAGGGUACUUUCCGCCAUUCGUAUGCUACAAGGGGAAAAAUGCUAACACAAGCUCAGUGAUGUGUGAUGACAGAGGAAAAUAUGUGUUUUGGGAUGCUUAUCAUCCAACAGAAGCUGCUAAUGUUAUAAUUGCAGACAAGUUCUUGAAUGGUGAUCCUACUGUAAUUUCUCCUAUUAACAUUCGUCACCUUCAUAAUUAUGGUUCCUAGUACUAUUGUAUACUAAUAUAUAUCAAUUUGGAGAUUAACUAUUGUU